AGACUACCCGGCCAUCGACUAUCGCAAAGUGGAGCCGAGCGGGAAGCUCACGUUCUCGGAUGCCGACGCCGUGAAGAUGUUGAUCAACCUCAUCGGCGACAUGCACCAGCCGUUGCACGUCGGGUUCGCCGCAGACGACAACGGGAAGAGUGUCAAAGUCGACUUCCAAGGCAAGCAGAUGUCGCUGUACGACGUGUGGGACACCGCCAUCUCGGAGAUGGUCCGGACCCAGGAGAGCGGCUUCUGGUACGGCGGCUGGACCCACGUCCGUUCCAUCAGCGGCCAGUUCCAGAAGGACAAGGAGACCUGGAAGAAGGAGGGGGCCAUGAAGGCCUUCGACGUCUGGUUCGAGGAGCAGGCCAGGUUUGCCUGCGACAAGGCCUACAAGCACCCCGUCACCGGGAAGGC